AUGGCCGCAACAAGACGCUUACAAAAGGAACUUCAAGAACUUAAGAGUUCCGGCUUGCGCUGCUUCCGAGAUAUUCAGGUGGACGAACACAACAUUCUUUCGUGGAUUGGCGUCAUCGUACCGGAUAAUCCACCAUACAACAGAGGAGCUUUCCGCAUUGAGAUCAAUUUCCCUGCGGAAUAUCCUUUCAAACCGCCCAAAAUUACGUUCAAGACUAAAAUUUACCACCCCAAUAUUGAUGAAAAGGGUCAAAUUUGCCUUCCCAUUAUUCAAGCAGAAAACUGGAAGCCCGCAACCCGGACUGAUCAAGUGAUUCAAGCGCUUAUUGCUCUAGUCAAUGAUCCAGAACCUGAGCAUCCACUGCGCACCGAUCUUGCUGAGGAGUACUGCAAAGACCGAAAAAAGUUCUUCAAAAACGCUGAAGAGCACACUAAAAAGUUCUCAGAGAAAAGGCCGAUCGACUGA